UACUUCUAUAAGAAGAAAACCAAAGUGAUGCAAUCUCUUAUUAUUAAACUAGCUACACUAGAAUUUUUGAGACAUUCUCUGAUAACUACUUCUGAAGGUAUCUCCACCAUGAAAGAGAAGAUGAUUAGUGCCUAAAACUACCGCAGAUGGCAGGCUUGCUACCAAUCAAAGUAAAUAGUAUGUAGUAAACUAUUGAUCAACUAAUAUUUUGAAGGGUUCAAGUGUUUAAUGAGUCAUCAACUCUAUUAUAGCCCUUUUACGUAUAAAAAGGCUUCUCUUUCUAAGCCUGUUAAAUCCUUUCCAUUCCUUAUGUCACAGUGCCUUAUUGGAUAACAAGCAUCAAUCCUCAUAGACUUGACUACGGCACACCAAAUUUAAGAUUGACUUCUUGUACCCAUUUUCUCUGCACUGCAUUAUUUUGCUUAAACAUUCCCCCCCUUAAAAUAAUUGUACUCCCCAUAAGCUGAAUUCUCCAUCUCUGUGUGUGAUGUAAGCAGAGAUUUGAUCUGGGAAACAAUUAUCCAUACACUGUUAUUUUCCCAUGUUGCAUGCAUAUACAAGCAUCAUCAUGCAUAGUAGUAGCAGUCAGUAAAGUAUGAAUGAACACAUCAGAGAACCUAGCUCUUGCAUACACAUUCAUUCAUGACAUCAUAUAUGAAUGUGAUGUUGCAUGAUAGAGGCAUGAUGUGCAUGACUUUCCAAUCAAAUGGAGCUUAGGGCACUUUGUCACACUUUUCGUCCUAUAAAAGACCUCCUCUCCAAGAGCCUCACUCCCCCUUCUAAAUUAAACCAACAGAUUAUGUACUACACCUAAAAUCUCAUCAGCACCUGACCUUUAAUUCAGUUCUUCUUCCACUAAAAGAUUUAAGAAGCCAGCCAUGCAGCCAACUGAGGCUACAGGGCUCCAUUACCUAGUUCCUUCUGGUUCAUUAUCAUCUCCCUACCCACCUCAUUUUAGCAUGACGAGUACUACUACUCCAAACAACCCAGCCAGUGCUUUUUGGUUCAACCGAUUUUCCGCAGCUCCAUUAUACAAUAAUUACCAAUUCCCUUCCCACUUAGUUCCUCAAGAAGUUAGUAACAACAACAAUCCCCAGCAACCAUGUUCCUUCAGCAGUAACUCAACCUCUGACGAAGCUGAUGAGCAGCAAUUAAGCCUCAUCAACGAGAGGAAACAGAGACGAAUGAUAUCCAACAGAGAAUCUGCACGCAGAUCACGUAUGCGUAAGCAGAAGCACCUGGAUGAGCUCUGGUCACAGGUGGUUUGGCUCAGAAAUGAGAAUCACAAACUUGUGGAUAAGUUGAAUCAUGUGUCAGAGUCCCAUGACAGAGUUUUGCAAGAGAAUGCUCAGCUCAAAGAGGAGACUUCUGAACUCCAUCAAAUGCUGAGUGACCUGCAGCUGCAUAGUCCUAAUUCUAACUAUCAUCCAUCCUUAAGAGACCAGCUAGAGGUCGAUGUUCCCUGCAACACAGCUUAUCUGAGAGCAGAGUCUUCAAACCAGCCCAUCACAACAAGUUCAAUGGAUUUGUUAGGCUAAAAUGAUGAAGAUCGAUCAACCAAUGGAGGAGAGAGAAUUUUUAUCAUUUUCCCAUUUUCCAUUUAUGGUGAUUCGCUUCUGUUUGUGUAGAAGUGAAUUAGCCUUCUAUGAGAUCCAUUUAGAAAAUUGGCAAUAACAUGUUUUGAGGAUUCUCAUUGAAUCCUUUCUCAAUAAAAAUGGCAAUCUCUUCGUUAGAUUAU